AUGGCUUGUAUGGGUGGUACGUUUGACUGCUUACAUCCCGGCCAUCGCAUUUUGCUGACUCUUGCUUCUCUCGUUUGCGACAAGUUGAUCAUAGGCCUCACAACGGACUCCAUGCUCCAAUCGAAGGAGAAGCACGAGUUCAUUCAGUCGUACGAAGAACGGAAGGCGUUGGUUCUCGACUUUUUGCACACGAUUUCCCCGCAUUUAGAAGUGGACAUUUCUCCCCUCACCGAUAUCUACGGUCCCUCCGUGGUGAAACCGGACUUAGAAGCCAUCGUCGUGUCUCUGGAGACGCUUCCUGGAGCCAAACUCAUCAAUCGCGUGCGCGAGGAGAAGGGAAUGCGUCCUCUGAAGAUCCUCACCGUGAAUCGAGGCAGCAAAUAUCCGCUCAGCUCCUCGUUCAUCCGUCAAUACCUUCAUCCUUGCUUUAACCGUAUGAAGAUGCAAGAAAUGAUGAUCGAUAAAGUGAAAAAGCAAGCGGAAGCCACCAUAGUUGAUAUUAAAGAUAUUUCGUAUGAUGCAGGUUUUCUUUUAGAGAUGUUAGUGGUUUCUCCCAAAUUCCGUGGAAUGAAAUUGAUUCAGCAGCACCGACUCAUGAACAAGAUUUUGUCGGACGAGUUAUCUAUCCUUCACGGAAUCACAUUCAAGUGUAUGACUCCGGAACAAUAUGAAGCACAGAAACAAGAGAAAUAA